UUUGUUCUUUGAUAACGGAAGCCCCACUCAAGCCCCACUUCCUAGUUUUCGGUCACAUGAUUCAUCCACCAGCCACAUCUCCAAAAAUUCCCGAAAACCGCGAAGAAGUUUUGUAAGCAUCAUCUCGACCACCAAGCUGUAAUGAUCACUCAUCCUUUUUCCUUUGUCUCCUGACGACAUUCCGCCAUCUUCAAUUCGUCUCUUUUGAGCUUGCAAAAUGUUCAAAACCGCGUUACGAGGUACAUUAGCCACUUCGGCUUCGAGGACGGUGUUGACGACAGCUGCACGAGUUGGUGGAAGAAGAUUUGCUAGUUCGACAGUAGGAAAGAGGAGUUGGAAGAGUGGUGCUGCGAGGUGGGUAGCUGCUGGAGCGGGCGUGUGGUGGUAUAAUACGAGUGAUGUUUUUGCGGAAGAGCCGGAAGCUGCGAUUCAGCGGACAAACGAGUCUUUGCAUCGAAUUCAGGAAUCGGAUCAACCUACGGUAGACGCUAUUGUAGAGGAGAAGCGUGCGAGAGCUGCUCAACGGGUAGCGGAAGAUGAGAAACGACUGAAAGCUGCGGAAUCUACUGUUGCUGUGGCAGAAGAUGGCGAACUUCCAACCGAAGAAGGCGAGGAUGGAAUGGGAGGAUUAGAAGAAGAGGCAGAUCAACAAGGAGCUUUCAAUCCGGAAACGGGUGAGAUCAAUUGGGAUUGUCCUUGUCUUGGAGGUAUGGCACAUGGACCGUGUGGACCAGAAUUCAAAGAGGCAUUCAGCUGCUUUGUGUACUCGAAAGAGGAGCCGAAGGGGGUGGAGUGUAUCGAGAAAUUCAAGGGCAUGCAAGAUUGCUUUAGACUACAUCCCGAGAUGUAUGGAAGUGAAUUAGAAGAUGAUGAGGACGAGGUCGAGGAAGAAAUUAGAGCUCAGAAAAGCGAAAGGGACACUAAAGCUGGCGCUUCAACUCCCUCGAAACCGAAGGAGACAACUGAAUCGGUACCAACACCAACUACCGAAGCUACUCCUCAACCUACAGAACCCAAGAAGACAGUCGAGGAAUCACAUAGAGAUAGUUUGUCGACCACAGCAGAGACAGUACAAGCUAGUGAUGAGGGUAGAGAGCUAUUACCAAAGGCUGCUCACGAUGCUACAUCGAAAUAGAUUCGAUGAUUGCGUGUACAAGAUGUAUGAUGUAUCAAAGGCAUAGGGGGGCGUUGAGAUGUACAAUAAAGGAAAGAUCUCCCAAGCAGACAUCUGCAUGUUUCCAAGCUUAAUGUGUCAUAAUGGA